AUGGCACCAACCAGGAUGGAAACCAAACCGCUCAUCUUGUGUGUGAAGAUCCUGCUGCUCUUCUACUCCUUCGUCUUCUGGGUGACAGGUGUGAUCCUGCUCGCAGUGGGCUUAUGGUGGAGGUUCAUGUUGAGUCCUUACACGUUGCUGAUCUCCAGCGCACCUUCCAACGCCCCAUUUGUCCUCACCGGCACCGGCCUUGCCAUUGUGCUCUUCGGCCUGUUUGGGUGCUUUGCCACCUGCAGGGGACGCCCUUGGAUGCUCAAGCUGUACGCAGUCUUUCUGACUUUGGUCUUCUUGAUCGAGCUCAUCGCUGGAAUCUCAGGCUUCAUCUUUCGCCACGAGAUCAAAGGCAAGUUCCUCACCACAUACAGCGAGGCUGUGCUCCGAUACGACGGACGAAGCGACAGCAGUGUGGCUGUGGACGAUGUCCAACGCAAAUUGCAAUGUUGCGGCGUUCAUAACUAUACCACCUGGUUCGCCAGUGACUCCUUCCACACCGGGGGAAUCCCGGUCACCUGCUGUCUGUCUUUAUCCGACUGCAACCAAGCAGACUUGAGGAACGCCACUCUGGCAGCUCGCAAAGUCCACAAGCAGGGUUGCUACGAGUUGGUGACUUCCUUCAUCGAGCGCAACAUGGGAAUCGUCGCCGGGGUCACCUUCGGGAUCGCCUUCUCACAGCUCAUUGGCAUGUCGUUGGCCUGCUGUCUGUCCCACUUUAUCAACGCUAACCAGUACGAGAUGGUCUGA